UUUUGUUUUGUUUUUGGAUGCCAUUAUCAGAACUGAAGGCUAUGUUCUCCAUUUGAAUCAUCAAACCAAAACACAGAGCAAAAUGGGAGGAACAGGAAGAGCACUGCUAAACCUCUCUCUCACUUCCUCCUCCGCUUCUUCCCUCCGUUUCUCUUUCUCUCUCCUCCCUUCCCGUUUUCCUUUCGCCACAAAACCACUUCUUCCCCAAACCCCUAGGGUUUUACUAGGGUUUAGACCUCUUUGUUCCACCACCACCACCACAACUACUACGACUGCUGAAGAAUCACUAAUUCAACCCAUUAAGCAUUCAAUUCUAUUAGAAAGGCUUAGACUUAGACAUCUUAAAGAAUCUGCAAAGCCCAAUUUAGAACCCAAACAAUUAACACAAAAAUUUAAAGCUGAGGUGGAUGAUGAUGGAGUUAAGAAGAGUAAGAAAAAGGCGGUGGCGUCGAGUUUUGAGGAGUUGGGUUUGAGUGAAGAGGUAAUGGGGGCGUUAGGUGAACUGGGUAUUGAAGUGCCGACUGAGAUUCAGUCAAUUGGGAUACCUGCUGUGAUUGAGGGGAAAAGUGUGGUUUUGGGUUCGCAUACGGGUUCUGGCAAGACUCUUGCUUAUAUGUUGCCUAUUGUUCAGUUGUUGAGACAAGAAGAGGAAUUGCAUGGUAUGCACAUGAAGCCUAGGCGCCCCCGAGCUGUUGUGCUAUGCCCUACUAGGGAGCUCUGUGAGCAGGUUUUUCGUGUGGCAAAGUCUAUCAGUCAUCAUGCACGGUUCAGAUCUACCAUGGUUAGUGGUGGCGGCCGUUUGAGACCUCAAGAAGAUUCUUUGGGUGGCCCAAUUGACAUGAUUGUGGGGACUCCAGGCAGGGUUCUACAACAUAUUGAAGAGGGAAACGUGGUUUAUGGUGACAUCAGAUACUUGGUCUUGGAUGAGGCUGAUACCAUGUUUGAUCGCGGUUUUGGUCCUGAUAUACGAAAAUUUCUUGCACCGCUGAAAAACCGUGCUUCGAAGCCUGGUGAUGAAGGAUUUCAAACCGUGUUGGUGACAGCAACAAUGACAAAGGCAGUUCAAAAGCUGGUUGACGAGGAGUUUCAAGGGAUUCAGCAUUUACGUACUUCUACAUUACAUAAGAAGAUUGCUUCUGCUCGUCAUGAUUUCAUCAAACUUUCAGGUUCUGAGAACAAGCUGGAGGCGUUGCUACAGGUUCUUGAGCCAAGUUUAGCAAAGGGCAAUAGAGUGAUGGUAUUCUGUAACACGUUGAAUUCCAGUCGUGCUGUGGAUCACUUUCUCAGUGAAAACCAAUUUUCUACUGUUAACUACCAUGGGGAAGUUCCAGCAGAACAAAGGGUUGAAAACCUUGCAAAGUUUAAGAGCGAUGAAGGAGAUUGUCCCACUUUGGUCUGCACAGACUUGGCUGCUAGAGGACUGGAUUUAGAUGUGGAUCAUGUCGUCAUGUUUGAUUUCCCUUUGAAUUCUAUUGAUUAUCUCCAUCGCACUGGAAGAACUGCUCGUAUGGGUGCCAAAGGGAAAGUUACAAGUUUGGUUGCCAAAAAGGACUUGCUUUUGGCCGCUCGCAUCGAGGAAGCCAUGAUGAAGAAUGAGAGCUUGGAGGCUCUCUCAGUAGACGGUGUCAAAAGGGAUAUUGCCAGGUCUCGCAUAACUGAACAGAAGGACAAGCGUGAAAAGUUGGUCAAAGCUUCAAAUUCAAGAGGCAAGGCUAAAGCUUCCACAGGUAAAUCCUCGAGUGUUGGUAGAAAGACCGAUUCAAAAACAUCUCCUGGAGCAAAGUCUGGCAAAGUACCAGCUAAGUCAAAACCGAAGAUAGCAAUCAAGGUAUCCAAGAGGGUUAGCACUUCCACUGGUAAGAGACGAGUAGACAGCCGAAGCUCUAGCGUCUCCACGUCGAAACUAAAUGUUGUUGGAUUCAGGGGCAGGAGUUCAUCAUCGAGUAAAAACGCAAAUGUUAGGGCUGGUUAACAUGCCUAGGUUUCAAUCAUGUAUACUGAAUUUUGUUUUCUUUUCUCUCUCCUUGUAAAAUUUAUGGUUAGUCAUUUUGAUAUUUUCAGUCAUCAAAUUGUGCAAUGUCAAUAGCCAUUCUCCAUGACUUGUCA